GAGAGACUGAAAGUAUUUAGAGACGACACUGACAGAAGAUGGUGAAUGUAACGUCAGCAUGUGGCCAGCAGAGGGAGACAGAUCAGACCUCUGGGUGCAGCAAGUCUGUAUGUUCUGUUCAAAUGGACUCUUCUUCUGAUUCUUACCUCUACAACAUGAAACCACCUGGACCUGGCCCCGGGUCUGAACCCAGACCUAAACCUGCUCCCAGAGCUCAGUUUAUGAACAGUGACCGCUCCAAAGGCAAUGUUCCAAACUUUAGAGAAGCUCCUCCUGAAGACCAGAGCUCCUUCAACAUGAAGCCACCUGGACCUAAACCCAGACCUAAACCUCCUCCUAGACCUCAGAAAAGAGACCACUCCAAAGAAGUCUAUCCUGAAGACCAGAAGGAGCCAGGCCCAAAGGAGCAGCUGGACGCCAUAUUCAGGCGUCUGGAGGAGGACGUCCUGACUUUUGUCAAAGAGCAGCUGCAGAGGCUCCACAGGCUCCUGGCCUCAGAUUACCCAGAAUGCUCUGAGAGUGAGGAGGAGGAGCAGAGCAGCAGAGAGGCGGUUCUGAACAUCACCCUGGACUUCCUGAGGAGGAUGGACCAGGAGCAGCUGGCUCAGCACCUGCAGGACAGAAACAGUGUUGGAGUUUGUAAAGAUAAACUGAAGAGGCAUCUGCAACAGAGAUUCAGCCGAGUGUUUGAGGGCGUGGCUAAAGCAGGAGACUCCACCCCCCUGAACCAGAUCUACACAGAGCUCUACAUCACAGAGGGCGGAGCCUCAGAGGUCAACCAGGAACAUGAGGUCAGACACAUGGAGACUGCAUCCAGGAGACCAGCUUCUCCAGAGACCACCAUCACAUGUGAAGACCUCUUUAAAGCCCGCCCACAUUCACCAGAGCCAAUCAGAACGGUGCUAACAAAGGGCGUGGCCGGUGUAGGGAAAACAGUGCUGACUCAGAAGUUCUGUCUGGACUGGGCUGAAGGCAGAGCCAACCAGGACCUCCAGCUGCUGUUCCCGUUCGCUUUCAGAGAGCUCAAUGUGCUCAGAGACACACAGUUCAGCCUGGUGGGACUGAUGCACCACUUCUUCAGUCCAUCCAAAAGUCUCUACAGCUUCCAACAGCUCCAGGUGCUCUUCAUCUUUGACGGUCUGGACGAGUGCAGACUUCCUCUGGACUUCACCCAAACCCCUGUCCUGAAUGACCCCACAGAGUCCACCUCAGUGCAUGUGCUGCUGGUGAACCUCAUCAGGGGGAGCCUGCUUCCCUUUGCUCACCUCUGGAUAACCACACGCGCUGCCGCAGCCAGUCACAUCCCUGCUGAGUGCGUCUCCAUGGUGACAGAAGUGCGAGGGUUCACUGAUCAGCAGAAGGAGCAGUACUUCAAGAAGAGGUUCAGAGAAGAGGCCACAGCCGUCAUCUCCCACAUCAAGAGCAUCCGCAGCCUCUACAUCAUGAGCCACAUCCCGAUCUUCUGCUGGAUCCUCUCCACAGUUAUACAGAAGCUUCUGGAACAAACAAAGACACCAGAGCUGCCCCGGACUCUCACACAGAUGUACAUCCACUUCCUGGUGGUUCAGGCCAAAGUCCAGAACAUCAAGUAUCACCAGGGAUCAGGGGCGGACCUUCACUGGACUCCAGAGACCAGGGAGAUGGUGAGGUCUCUGGGAAAACUGGCCUUUGAGCAGCUGCGGAAAGGAAACCUGAUCUUCUACGAGUCUGACCUGAGCGAGUGUGGGCUGGACACUGCAGUGGCCUCAGUGUACUCCGGAGUGUUCACACAGGUCUUUAGAGAGGAGCCAGGCCUGUACCAGGACAAGGUCUACUGCUUCAUCCAUCUGAGUGUGCAGGAGUUUCUGGCUGCUCUUCACGUCCAUCAGAUCUUCACAGAGUCUGGAGUCAACCUGCUGGGAGUCCAACAAACUUCUUUUCUUCCUCAGUUGUUUAAAAACAAGACUGAACUGAAAUUGUUAUACCGUUCCGCUGUGGACCAGGCCUUACAGAGUCCAAAUGGACACUUGGAUCUGUUCUUGCGCUUCCUUCUGGGGCUAACUAUUCCGAUCAAUCAGAGCCUGCUGCAGGGUCUGCUGACUCAAACAGGAAGUGAUCGGACCAAUCAGGAGACAGUAAAGUAUAUCAAAGAGAAGCUUAAUGAAGAGGGUCUGUCUGGAGAGAGAAGACUGAACCUGCUUCACUGCCUGAAUGAACUGAACGAUCACAGUCUGGUGAAGGAGAUACAAGAGUACAUGAGAAGAGGACAGAUCUCCUGGUUAAAUUCUCCUGCUCUGUGGUCGGCUCUGUCCUUCCUGUUACUGUCCUCAGACUCAAACCUGGAGGAGUUUGACCUGAGGAAAUACCAGGCCUCAGAGACAGCUCUCCUGGGUCUGCUGCCAGUGGUCAAAGCCUCCACCAAAGCUCUUCUUUGUGGCUGUGGCCUGUCCCCUCACAGCUGUGGUCCUCUGGCCUCAGUCCUCAGCUCCUCCAGUCUCACACACCUGGAUCUCAGUCACAACGACCUCCAGGACUCAGGAGUGGAGCUGCUGUGUUCUGGGCUGAAGAGCGCAACCAGCAAACUGGAGACUCUCAGGCUGUCUGGAUGUCUGGUCUCAGAGAGGGGCGGGGCUGCUCUGGCCUCAGUUCUGAGCUCUGCCUCCUCCCAUUUGAGAGCAUUAGACCUGAGCUACAACCAUCCAGGACCCUUAGCUGAGCUCCUGACCACUCUACGGGACGACCCCCACUGCCCCCUGCAGUCUCUCAGGAUGGAUCCUGCUGGAGAACAGUGGAUGGUCCCAGGUCUGAGGAAGUAUUCCUGUGAGUUUUCUCUGGAUCCAAACACAGCUCACAGCAAACUGAAACUGUCUGAGGACAAACGGACAGUGACCUGUGUGACAGUGACCUGUGUGAGAGAGGAGCAGCAGUAUCCAGAUCAUGAGGACAGAUUUACACACUACUAUCAGGUCCUGAGCUGCACUGGCCUGAGGGGGCGCUGUUACUGGGAGGUGCAGUGGAGCGGGUGGGACAUUAAAAUAUCAGUGAGUUACAGAGGAAUCAGACGGAGAGGAGAGAGAAAGGAGUCUAAGUUUGGAGGCAAUGAUCAGUCCUGGAGUCUGAGGGUCUUAUAUGGACGUUACUCUUUCUAUCACAACAACAGAGAAACAGACCUCUCCUCCUCCUUCUCCUCCUCUUCUGUCUCCCCUUCCCCUUCCACCUCCUCCUCCUCCUCAUCCUUCUUCCGUCCCUCAGGUCGAGUGUCUGUGUUCCUGGACUCUGAGGCUGGAUCUCUGUCCUUCUAUGAUGUUCGCUCUGAUGGAGAACUGUUCCACCUCCACACCUUCAGCUCCUCCUUCACUGAGCCUCUGUUUCCUGGGUUUGGAGUGAUGUUUGAAGGUUCCUCUGUGUCUGUGGUGGAUCUGAGGAGAGCACCCCUUGGUGGACAUAUGUGACACUUUUAUGAUGUAAUUUUUCUGUCAAUCAGUCUGUCCUAAAUCAGUAAAAAAAAUAUUGAAAAUAAAUAAAUAAAUACAUGAGUC